CCUGGCGAAUACGAAGCCACCUUCAGCUUCGUCGGAGGGAACAGCAGCCACUAGCGUUUUAUUUUUCCAGCUAAAAUAUCUUCAGUUAUGUUCAAGGAACGUUGAAAGGGCUAGAAGGCAGCAUAACUUCGGUGUGAGUGGGCGGAACUAAAUUGUGGUUUGGAGGAUGAGCAAGAGCCGUGGCACGAAAAAGAAGUUGCCCCCAGACAAGGUGGAUACCACAGAGUUUUUCGACGAGGUGGUUGUGGAAGAGGUCAAGCAGCUCUUCAGCAAAGUGAGAAUGUACAGUCCUCCACCUGGAGCAGAAUGGAGCCUGCCUGAUCCCAGUGUGGUGCUUCGUGACCAACCGUCGUGUCAUCCACGCCUACAGGCGCUGAAGCAAUCCCUAAACGAGGUAAAGAAUCAACUCAGUGAUAAAGAUUUGGCCGUAUGGCAUCAGCACACCUGUUCCACCAAUCGAGCAGGCACCGUUACGGCCCACCUCCGAGCCGUCGCCAAUGCAGAACUUUGCACUCAGGCUUGGGCAAAAUUCUAUGAAAUACUGGGCGCCUUCGACCUACUGCCAGACACGGCGCUGCAGAUCGGUGAGUUGAACUCCAUCCACCUGUGUGAGGCUCCUGGAGCAUUUGUCUCGGCCCUGAAUCACUUCCUCCAGACCAGCGGGCUGCACUGCGACUGGAACUGGGUUGCCAACACGCUAAAUCCAUAUAAUGAAGCCAACGGGAGGAGCUGCACUAUUGCAGAUGACAGACUCAUUGCCCACACCCUGCCUUGGUGGUUUUUCGGCUCCGACGACACAGGUGACAUCAUGCUGCAGAAACAUCUGCUGGAGUUGCAAGGAUUUGUUAGCAAUAUGCGCAGCGUGGACUUGGUCACUGCGGACGGCAGCUUUGAUUGUCAGGGCGAUCCAGGUGAGCAGGAGAGUUUGGUGGCCCCGUUGCAAUAUUGUGAAACUGUUAGUGCUCUACUGCUGUUAGGACCUGGAGGCUCGUUCGUCCUGAAGAUGUUUACGCUGUUUGAGCAUUCGUCUGUUUGUCUCCUCUACCUUCUGGUCUGCUGCUUUUGCUCUGUGCACAUUUUCAAACCUGGCACCAGCAAGUCAGGAAAUUCUGAGGUCUACAUUGUGUGUUUGGGCUAUAAGGCUAAAGAUGUCAUGCGCCCGCUGCUGUCAAAGCUGAUCCGUAACUACAGUCCGGAUAUGGCAUCCACGGCAGCUCUGUUUCCAAACAGCUGCAUUCCGGAUUCUUUUCUCAGGCAGCAUGAGGAGAUCUGCACAUUUUUCCAUUCCCUGCAAGUCAACACCAUCCAGGAGAACCUGCAGCUCUUUGCCAGCAUGAAUGCCAAGCAGCGCGGGCGGCUGGACCAGCUCAGGGAAUGCGCUGCACGUUUCUAUGUCCAGCGAUUUCAGGUGCAGUUCCUUCCAAGGAAACGCUGGGUGUGCCGAGGUGGCUCGAUGAACUGGGGAAAGCCAUGCCAGAGGAAGCAGAUGGGGUCUUUCAAUCAGCGUAAGGAGAUGCAGUUCCUGCAGUGGAGGCAGCGCCUUGCCCAAGGACCCUACUGGACGUGGGUAGAGGAGCAUUGCCGAGGCACUGAAGGUCAUGAGUUUGUCUUAAAUGGCCCGUUAAUGGAGAGUGAUUUAGAUGCAUGGUUCACACGUGUGGGAGCUGCUCUUCCAAAAGUGUGCAGCUCCACUUUCUGUGAGCAGGACUUGUUGGAUCUUCUCAAUGAAGCUCUAGAAGAGCAUGCUAUUAGCUCAGAUGGACGAACAUUGGCCAAAACCACACCAGCAUGCAGUGCCUGCAGUUUUCAGUCUCCUGCGUCCAUAUUAACUGAGGUCUGCAACUUUCCGAAUGUUAUUUCUUGUUUGGUGGUGGGAAACCCUUCAUGGCAGAAGAUGCCUCUUUCAGGGAACAUUCUACAGCCACAGUUUUGUCCAGGACCUUGCUACCCAGAGGUGUUUGUUUCCACUCUAUAUGACGGACAUCCAGAUCUUCAGCGGAUGCUUCUGAGCAGUGUGCUUUCAGCUUUGCGUGGACUUGGUGAAGGAUCAGCAUUGGUGGUUCCAUUGUGUUCAGCUUUGACCCGUUUCACUGCGUCUUUGAUCCUCACUCUUCACCUGUGUUUCCACUCCAUUAGCUUCCGCUGCCCGUCUGCUGGACCUCCUGCAGUGCUUCUGUGUACUGGUUUCUCCAACUUUCCCAAGGCUAUCACCAUCCUCCAAGAGGUUUUGGGUGAAAUGACAAGGCUAGAGCAGGGCAGGCAGCUUCUACAGAUUGCACCAAUUGAGGAACUGACUAGAGGAGCACUGCCUCACUUUCUGACCGGCCUCAAUAACACUAUCAUGAGGCAGCAGCUCCAUAUACUAAUGCAGAAUGGACAGGGCAGAUAGCAUCGUCCAUCUGAGCCACUCGUGUUCAGUACCAGUUUUUUGAAGGGCUACAGAAUAUAUCAUGUAUUUAUUUAUUUUUUUUAUUCUGCGUAAUUAGAAGGUUAAGAUGUGAACAGAGUCAUUGAGUGUUUUUUGAAUUUAAACACAGUUUAACAGUUUAAGUAGUCUGUACUUUGUAGAAUUUUAUUUUCAAACAUUAUACAUUCCCUCACGGGAAGUUAUUACGUGAAAUGGUUAUGAAUACACUGCCUAAUGUCUGAGACAUUGUUUUAUGGUAGUUUUGAAAAGGUUUGGGCCUAAAAUGUAUUUUUUUAAAUCUAUGCGUUCAUGGCAGAGGUGUAGUAAGGUAGAAUAAAAUAUUUUUAUUAGGGCUGGCCAGUAUGACAAUAUAUAUAAUUAUUCUGAUAAAUUGUGAUAAUCCAAUUCAAUAUACUUUGCUGAACAUAUUGUGGAUAUCGUCAGUACUUGUAGAAACUGACCAACUGGAUGUUUCAUUAUAAAGAGAGCAAAAUUAGUCUCAUUUAAGUGGAUUUAGUGCCAAAUAUUGAAUAAGUUCACAGCUUUUAAUAGUAGUUCUUGUAAAUGUGACACUACUGGCUCUUUUUUUCUCUGUUCCAACUGGUCAGACUUCUGAAAAAUUGAAUAUUGUGACAUACUGUGUAUUGUGAAAAUUUCUUGGGAGUAUCGCAAUAUUAUGUUUUUGUUAUAUCGCCCACUCAUAAUUUCUACCAAAAAAAAACUUUUUUUUUCUGGUUUUGGCUCUAUAUGUGUUAGAGAUAUUGCGACCCCUGGUUCCUGUCACUCCACUGUAAAGAAAUGAGUUGAUAUGUUUCACUGUAGUAAACCAUUUCACAUCAAACCACUCUGAAUGACUUUGUUUACAUCUCAGCAAUAUGAUUAUGCAGUAAUUUUUAAAGAAAAUCAGUAGAUUUUUCUCCCUUAAUCCCCUUUAAUCACUAACACAACUUAAGCUUUUACAAUAGUGAUACUGCAAAAUGCUGCAAUAUGCAAAUGAGCCCUCUCAGGAGUGAUACGAGUGGAAUUCCAUAACUUACAACUUACAAUAUAUUAUGUAUUAGAAAUGCACUAGUGAAUCUUUAAUUGGCCUGCUUUGUUUUUGACUUAAAUGUUUUAUAUUCUUUGGAUUCCUGGAUUCAUCAAAACAUCCAGGAUGCUCAUAGCACGUAAAACAGAGGCUGAUUAGAGACUCAUUUGCUUAUUGCAGUGUCCUGCAGUGUCAGCAUAGCAAAGGCCAGUAUUGGUUAACAAAUAUAGAUAUAUUGUGCAAGCCUAGCCAUGACCAAACUUUACAAAUGAGAUUGUGGUUUCUGUUUUCAGUAAUCAGGGCAUUCACGUGAUUGAACAGAUGUAAAUAAGACUGAUCGGGCUCCAUGCGACAUCAGACGUUCACCGAUAUUUCUAAUGUAUUGCAGUAUAUAGCAAUACAGUUGCAGUGUAUUUAGUCUGUCAUGCAGCCCUAGCACCAUUCUAUUGUUUCUUCGCUCUAACUCGCCUGCCUUGUCUCAGGAAGGGCUUACUAAUUACCUGAUAUGUUGAAUCAGGUGUGCUAGAGCAGGAGACUUACUAGGAUUGGGGUUGGGAAUGCUAAUCUAAAGGAGGGACGCGAGGGGGUCCACACUAGGGCUGAGCAAUAUAACAAAAUUGAUCACUAUCAUGAUAAAUUGCAUCAUAUUGUACUUUUCUGUAGAUAUCAGCGGCACAGAAACACUGCCAAACUGCAUGACUGAUUACAAAGAGAGCAGAAUUAGCUCUGUUUAUGUGCAGCUCAGUGUUUGUUAUUGCCAUAUGACCCACAUCUAGUUCACACUGCAUUUUUCUAAAGGCACAAAAAAGCAAAGCGUGCCGCGCCCCUUUUUUUCUUGGAGGUUCACAGUACUGUGCUUUUUAAAGGCUGCGUUGGGCUGCACGUCUCCCUGUUGCAGUAGGGAGCGAUAGCUAAUCGGCUAGCUGAAAAUAGCCAAACCUCUGACUUGCUAACUACAGGUAACAUAAUUUAAAAAAAGCAAAAAGCAUUCUUGAAAUGUAAAGCGCUGUACUGCUAAGGCCCCAUCUGUGCUAGCAAGCUAGCAUUUCAAUUUGUAAAUGCAAAAUGUGCUGUUGUUAAUGAGCAAUCAUGGUGCUAUAAUCAGUAACAAGCUAACUAAAAAUUGCUAUUUAUAUACGUCAUGAUUUAGAUGCAUGAAGGACUGCCGUCACAAAUAUUACCUCCUAUAUUACAACUGUAAAGGCCAGGUUUGCCUACAAUCUGACUGGUCAGCACAGAAAAAUUUGUGCACAGCACAUAACACUGGAUAUAGCUGCAAAAAUGUGUCCAGUGUGAACCCCCUCUCAUUUUCCUUAUUUAGCUGAGCUAACAGUAGUUUGCCUCCUCAGACUGUUUUACUUUAACUUAGGGGUUUUGUUGUACUUUUACCUUUGCUCUAAAUGACAGGAGGCAUUUUUCUGUUCGAUUAACACAGAUCAGCAGAGUAAAUUCUGUAUUCUUUUACUGUUUUAGAAUUAUUUAAAUGUGGUUUGUAUAUGUUUUGAAAUAACGAUUUAUUUACUAAAUUAUUGUCUCUAUUGUCUCUACUGUCUGUAUUAAAGGCUUUUUCUUUACUGGGCAGUUAUGUGGACUGUGGUUAUAUCUGUGUAAAACAUUGCUGGUGGGAAGGCUGAAUGUAUAUAAAAUUGA